AUGGCCGCACCCAUAACCACAGUUUCCUCAUCCGAGGUGAGAGGUCUCAACCUCAUCGCCGCGCACUCCCACAUUCGUGGUCUGGGAGUCGAUCUCGCUACACUUGAGCCGAAGUCGUCGUCACAAGGACUCAUUGGGCAAGAGAAGGCGCGCAAAGCUGCAGCAGUUAUUCUGCAGAUGGUCAAGGAUGGUAAAAUCGCGGGAAGAGCAGUCCUUGUCGCUGGACCUCCCAGCACCGGAAAGACGGCCAUCGCGAUGGGGAUGGCGCAAUCCCUUGGGCCCGACGUGCCAUUCACCAUGCUUGCGUCCUCCGAGAUCUUUUCGCUCGAAAUGUCCAAGACCGAGGCGCUGACCCAAGCUUUCCGGAAAUCGAUUGGCGUCAAGAUUAAGGAGGAGAGUGAGAUCAUCGAGGGUGAGGUUGUUGAGAUUCAGAUUGAUCGCACCGUGUCGGGUGGCAACAAGCAGGGAAAGCUCACCAUCAAGACCACCGACAUGGAGACGGUCUACGACAUGGGCACCAAGAUGAUCGAUUCGAUGACCAAGGAGAAGGUCAUAGCUGGAGAUGUCAUCUCCAUCGACAAAUCCUCGGGCAAAAUCACCAAGCUCGGUCGCUCAUACACAAGAUCGCGCGACUACGAUGCCAUGGGGGCAGACACCAAGUUUGUCCAGUGCCCAGAUGGAGAGCUUCAGGUCAGAAAAGAAGUCACACAUACGGUCAGCCUGCACGAGAUCGAUGUUAUCAAUUCGCGAACUCAAGGCUUUCUUGCACUUUUCUCCGGAGACACUGGUGAGAUUCGAAGUGAAGUGCGCGAUCAGAUCAACACCAAGGUCGGCGAAUGGAAAGAGGAGGGCAAGGCUGAAAUUAUUCCGGGCGUGCUCUUCAUCGAUGAGGUGCACAUGCUCGACAUCGAAUGCUUCUCGUACAUCAACCGUGCGCUAGAGGCUGACCUUGCACCCAUCGUCAUUAUGGCCAGCAACAGAGGCAACAGCCAGAUCCGUGGCACCACCUACAAGUCACCUCAUGGCCUGCCCCUGGACUUCCUUGACAGAGUUGUCAUCAUCAGCACCCAGCCAUAUUCUCGGGAGGAGAUCUCCCAAAUUAUCGCCAUCCGCGCGCAAGAAGAGGAGGUUGACCUGUCCCCCGAUGCCCUCGCACUCCUCACAAAGAUUGGUCAAGAAUCUGGGCUUCGUUACUCUAGCAACAUCAUCACUACAUCAACGCUUCUCAGCCAGAAACGCAAGGCCAAAGAGGUCAACGUUGAUGACGUACAGCGGAGUUUCCGACUCUUUUACGAUCCAGUUCGGUCUGUCAAGCUUGUCAAUGAGCACGAGAGGCAGUUCAUUGGCGAUGAUGGUCAAGUCACGUUUGUGGUCAAUGGCGCCAACACCAUCAAUGGCGAUGCCAUGGACACUGCUUGA